GAAAGGACUGUGAGAUGUUUGCUGCUGGUCUCUGCUCUCUGCCUGGCUGGUUGCAAAGGCAACAAGAGUAAGCUGGCCAGCCCACAUGGCCCAAGGCGAGGGGUUGCCCUCCGUCUCAAGAAAAGCCUGGACGCCUGCCUGCCAAACCCAUGCCAGCACAAGGGAGACUGCCAGGUGAUGGAGGAUAGACCGGUUUGCAGCUGCAAAUCAGGCUUCACAGGGGCGUUCUGCCAAGAUGUGGUACUGAAGUUGACCUGCGAGGAAGAGCACAUGAAGAUGAUGGUGAGGAAGGAGGUUUUUGAACUCUUGAAAAUUCCCCGGGAGCUUGUCCACUUGAAGAACCAGGCAUGCAAGGUCUCAGAGACGGAAGAAGAGGGUGAGCUGUUUUUUGCAGCCACUCUCACAGGUGAAAACCACACUGCCUGUGGAUCAAUAAUUCAGCAAAACAGCUCCCACGUGUCGUACUCCAACACCAUUGAGUCAGAACGGGAAGCGCGCAAGGGCAUGAUCUCCCGGAGUUUUCAGCUGGAGGUGCAUUUCUCGUGCGUCUAUGGCUACGAGCAGGUGGUGAAACUGCCCUUCGCUGUCACUGCUGUUGACAAGCUGGUGCAGUUCGUGGUCCGAGAAGGACACUUCAACGUCAGCAUGAGACUGUACAAGACCCCCUCCUACCUCCAGCCCUAUCACCUGCCAACUGCGGCCAUCCCCGUCACGGACACGCUCUAUGUCCUCCUGAGGAUAGAAGGACAGCACCAGCUCAAGUACUUCCUGGCCACGCCAAGUGCGGAUCCCUACCAGGAUGUGCGGCACGAGCUCAUUGAGAAGGGGUGUCCCCAGGACGAGACAGUGAUGUACCUGAAUGCUAUUGGAGAGAGCACUACUGUCAAGUUCAGCUUCCAGAUGUUUCAGUUUGUUGGUUACCCCGAGGUGUUCCUGCACUGCCGUGUCCGGCUCUGUCUCCCCGACAGCCUGGAGCCCUGUGCCAAGCAAUGCCCCAGGCACCGGAGGAGCAAGCGGGCGCUGGGGGAUGACUACAAUAAGAUUGUCUCCUAUGGGCCCAUCCACCUGCUGGCUGCUCCUUCCUUGGGAGCAGAGACCCACCAUUCCAGGACUGACCAACAGGACCUGGGGGAAUCCAACCUGUGGCUCCCCGGAGCCCUUAUCCUGCUGUGUGCGCUUGGUGUGCUCACUGUGGCUGCUGUGGCCAUCAGCACGAGGCGACGAACGGUGUAG